AUUGCAAACGUUCGGCCAUUGAGGUUCAAGACAUUUAUUUCAUUGAACAAAAAAUAGAUUAAAACUCAACAGAAAGUUAUCCAAAAUAUAAUAAGCGGUGUGAAGGAGAAAUUAGAGCCUGUCGCCCGUUAAUCUGAAAUGAGCUAUCAAAUGUCUCAGAAUCGUACAAUUUCUCACAACCCUUACCAGAAUUCCGAAAUGGCACUGGGAAAGGAUCAACAAACGCUCAUGUGGCAACAAAAUUCAUAUCUUACUGGUGCUGAUUCCGGUAUUCAUUCGGGUGCCGUCACUCAAGUUCCAUCAUUGAGUGGAAAGGACGAAGAUGAUAUGACAGGCGGUGAUGAUACUCUAAUGUUUGAUUUGGAUCAAGGAUUCAACCAGAACUUCACCCAAGAUCAAGUUGAUGACAUGAAUCAACAAUUAAAUCAAACUCGUAGUCAACGAGUACGUGCUGCAAUGUUCCCAGAGACAUUGGAAGAAGGAAUUGAAAUUCCGUCAACACAAUUUGAUCCACAACAGCCAACAGCAGUUCAACGUUUAUCUGAGCCAUCUCAAAUGUUGAAGCAUGCUGUGGUCAACUUAAUAAACUAUCAAGACGAUGCAGAUUUAGCAACACGCGCAAUUCCAGAAUUGAUAAAAUUAUUGAAUGAUGAAGAUCAAGUUGUAGUGUCGCAGGCUGCCAUGAUGGUUCACCAAUUGUCAAAAAAGGAAGCAUCACGUCAUGCAAUCAUGAACAGCCCUCAAAUGGUCGCUGCUUUGGUUCGUGCUUUAUCAACAAGCAACGAUUUGGAAACAACAAAAGGAGCUGUUGGAACACUCCACAAUUUAUCUCAUCAUCGUCAAGGUUUACUCGCAAUUUUCAAGAGUGGCGGCAUUCCAGCUUUGGUCAAAUUAUUGUCAUCACCAGUUGAAAGUGUUUUGUUCUAUGCCAUCACAACAUUACACAACUUGUUGUUGCAUCAAGAUGGAUCAAAGAUGGCAGUUCGUUUAGCUGGUGGCUUACAAAAGAUGGUCGCAUUGUUACAACGUAACAACGUCAAGUUCUUGGCCAUCGUCACAGAUUGUUUACAAAUCUUGGCGUAUGGGAACCAGGAGAGUAAGCUCAUCAUUCUUGCGUCAACUGGUCCCAUUGAAUUGGUCCGAAUUAUGCGUUCAUAUGACUAUGAGAAGUUGUUAUGGACAACGUCGCGUGUUUUGAAAGUUUUGUCAGUUUGUUCAAGCAACAAACCAGCAAUUGUUGAAGCUGGUGGUAUGCAAGCACUUGCCAUGCACUUGGGAAAUCCAUCACAACGUUUGGUUCAAAAUUGCUUGUGGACAUUGAGAAAUCUUUCAGAUGCUGCUACAAAAGUUGAUGGUUUGGAUAAUUUAUUGCAAGGAUUGGUUCAUGUUCUUGCCAGUUCAGAUGUCAAUGUUGUCACAUGUGCUGCUGGAAUAUUGUCGAAUUUGACUUGUAAUAAUCAGCGUAACAAGACAACUGUUUGUCAAGUUGGUGGUGUUGAAGCUUUGGUUCGAACAAUCAUCAAUGCUGGAGAUCGUGAAGAGAUCACCGAACCAGCCGUUUGUGCAUUGCGUCACUUGACAUCACGUCAUCAAGAAUCAGAUGCAGCACAAAAUCUCGUUCGUCAGAAUUAUGGAUUACCAGUAAUCGUUAAACUUUUACAUCCACCAUCUCGUUGGCCGUUGGUUAAAGCCGUCAUUGGAUUGAUUCGAAACUUGGCAAUUUGUCCUUCAAAUUCAGCUCCAUUACGUGAACAUGGAGCGAUUCAUCAUUUGGUUCGCUUGUUGAUUCGCGCAUUCCAAGACACUCAACGGCAACGUUCAUCGGUUGCUACAAGUGGCUCACAACAGCCUGGAGCUUAUGCCGAUGGAGUUCGAAUGGAGGAAAUUGUCGAAGGAACUGUUGGAGCUCUUCACAUUCUCUCCAAGGAUGAAUAUAAUCGACAAAUGAUUCGACAACAGAAUGUCAUUCCAGUUUUUGUGCAAUUGCUCUUCUACAAUGACAUUGAAAAUAUUCAACGAGUUGCUGCUGGUGUUUUAUGUGAACUUGCAGUUGACAAGGAAGUUGCCGAGUUGAUUGAACAAGAAGGAGCAACAGCUCCACUUACUGAGCUUUUAAAUUCAGCCAACGAAGGUGUUGCAACAUACGCCGCUGCUGUUCUCUUUAAAAUGAGCGAAGAUAAAUCUUUGGAUUAUAAGAAACGUUUCUCCAGUGAGCUUACAACUCUGCCAGUGUUCCGUGAUGAUCAAUUGUGGAACAAUGGUGACUUGGGUAUCGGGCCAGAUUUGCAGGAUAUUUUGGCACCGGAUCAGGCUUACGAGGGCUUGUACGGACAAGGUCCAAAUGGUACUGGAAAUGGUCGUGUAUAUCAACAAGGAUAUGACACAUUACCGAUCGACUCAAUGCAAGGUUUAGAAAUCGGUGGCAGCCAGCAACAACAACAGCAACAACAUUUAAUAGGUGGAAUGAACACAAACCCUCCAACUUCUCCGUCGUAUCAAAUGGACAUGGAAUGUGUCAUUGGCGAAAUGGACGCCAGUGAAUUAACUUUCCAACAUCAUCUAGGAGUUGAUUCUAUGAUGGAUACGAUGCCUUCACCACCUGCAAAUGACAACAAUACACAAGCUGCUUGCAUAUGUUGUCUACUUCGACCAGUUGGUUUGUCAUUGCCAUAUCUUUUGUUCCUGUUCUACUUACCUUUCGUUCCCGUCGCAACACAUCGUACGAUUCGAGGUCACACUGGAUACUUCCUUAAACUUCUAAUACUUAUCAGCACUCUCUUAUGUCUCGUGCAAAUUGCUUUUCAAAUUCUACUCGCCAGUCUUGGCAAUGAUUUGGUGACGAAAUGUGAACUUCUUGAAUUGAUUUUAAGGCACAUUGGGCUUAUCCGAUUGGAUAAUUUAGAUGCUGGUUCAAUAACACAAUGGCUUGCACCAGAAAUUAUUUCAUUCUUCGGUUCCAUUAUUGUGUUCAUCGUUUUGAAGCGCUCAUCAAAUAAUGGCCAACUGGAAGCUGCCAAUGCUGAAAAUCUUGAAACAGGAAAUGAAGUUCAAUUACCUGACACUGACAACGAAAUAAGUUUAGAGAAAUGGAAACUUCUGAUCGGUGCUGGGAAGGUUUUGUCUUUGUUAGCUCUUUGUGCUACUGGAGCUCUUCAACCAUCAGUUCUCAGUGUUGUUUACUACAUUGUUUUUUUGGGUGCAGCAACAUGGUGGAGUUGUAAUAAAGAGUUGGAAAGAGCUUUCGGUAUCGUUUUGAGAGCUGUUGUGGUUUUUCUUUCUUGUCAUAUUUUAGCAUUUCUCACUUAUCAAAAUCCCUGGCCUCAAGAGUUCUUAGAACCAAACUCGACAAUUCCAAGGGUUUUCGGCUUUACAGCAAUUUAUUCGUCAUCUUGCGACAAUGAAACUGACAUUAGAAUUCUUGAUUUUGAUGAUAGUUUGGAUUUGGAUCGUUACUUGAAUCCAAUAGCACUCAUCAUUUGUUAUUUCGUUGUUGCCAUCACAUCAAAGAUGUUGUUGGGUCCGCAGGGAUAUGUUCGUAACGUUUGUCCUGAUCUGACGCUUCAAACUGAACCUAAUGAGCGAACACCUUUGAUGCGAAGUGGCACAAGGAAGGUUGCUGACACAAAGCCUGACACUGCACCGACGGGUAAAGAAGCUGAUGCUAUUCCAAUGGGUUUCAUUGAAGAAGAAGGCGAUGGUGAAGAACAGAAUGGAGUUGGCUUUUGUGAGCAGAUGGCGAUGGCAGCUGGAAGUAUUGGCACUUUCAUUUAUAAAAACAGUUACAUUUUUACUAAUGUAGUCAUGAUGGCUUGGAGUAUUGUUUACCAUUCGUGGCUUGGCUUUGUGCUUCUCAUCUGGGCCAAUCUCAUUUGGAUUAUUCCGAAUCAACGGAAGAACAUGCUUCGAUCGUCGCCAUUUCUUGUUGUUUACGCUGAAUUUUUACUACUUGCAACAUAUUUGUUUGGAAUGGAUUUAACAGAUGACGAGUUACCAGCAAAUGUCGAUGUAAAUGGCAUAAAUCUACCUCAAAUUGGUUUCAUAAAAUAUCUUCAUUACCCUAUUGGACCAAUCAUGCUGAAAUCAGCUUUUACUGUCAUGUUUUGGGCGAGUCUACGUCAAAUGCUUCAAGAACGUGCCGAAGAAAGGAAAAGCACAGCACUUGCUGAUAUGGUUGCGCCACUUCAACUCACAGUCGGCGCUGCAACAGCUCGUGAAGGAAUUCAAAAGAAACAAGAGAAGGAAUCAGCUUUUGUUAAGAAAGCAGCAAAUCUCAUCAACACUUUUCUCGUAAAGUUUUGGAUUUAUGUUGUCGUUGUGACGCUUUUUGUAUGCGGAAUUAGUGGACAACAAAUGACUGGAUUUAGAAUUGUUUACAUGGCACUUUUUCUCACCUUCAUUCUCACAUUCCAAUUCUCAUACAGCGUUUGGCGGAAGUUUAUGUAUGGAUUUUGGUUGCUGGUUAUUGUCUACUCGAUGUUAAUUCUCAUUCUCGUCUACACUUAUCAAUUUCCAAAAACUGCUGGAUAUUUCGAAGAUUUACUUCACAUAUCUGUUCAAUUACAACGCGAUAUUGGAUUGGAACGUUAUGAUGCCAAACAACUUUUCCUUCAUCUUGUUACACCCACGCUUAUCGUCAUUAUCACCGUCAUUCAAUUGCAUUAUUGUCACACAAAGUUUUUAGAAGUUUCAAAUAUUCCCGAGGGACCACAAGACGAUGCGAGUCGAGCGAGUUCAGCUGCUUAUGGAACAUUCGCUACAAAUAGAUCAGAUGAUGAAGGUGACACGGAAGACAACACUGACUUCCUGGAUGAAAUAAAAAUCAGAAAAUUAUCGAAACAAGAAAUUCGCGGAGUUGCAAUGAGAAUUCUCACAAAACUUUUAUCUUGGAGUGAAGUUCUUUUGUUGUUUAUCGAGAUUCAUGCUUACAAGAUCAUGUUGUUCUGCACUUUCCUUCUAGCAAUAAAUGAAGUUGAAUUACUUCAUUUUAGCUUUGUCAUUCUUGGAGUUGCUGGAUUGAAAGCUAAAAGCGACACACAAUUUUUAGUGACACGAGUUGCUUCACUGGUCGCAUCAAUUCUACUCAUCACAACAAUGAUGUAUCAAGUCGAUUAUAUCGAUCAAAAUCGCUACGAAUCAAAUUGUACAAACACGUCAGAUCCAACAACAGAAGUGACAAAUAAUGCGCUUUGGAUUGGGUUUAGGAAAGCGAGUCAAGAAGCAAAGUUGUCUGAUCUCAUACGACCAUAUCUUAUGUACAUAAUUCUCGUGUCAGCACAUUCGUUUUUAAUUCUUUAUCAGACAAUCAAAAGAAUCAAACAGAACAGAACGUCAAGAACACCAACAGUUGUAUUUAAAAAUAUUAAACGAGCUGAUGCUGAUCGUGACAUUCCUCAUCUUAUCAAAUAUCUCGUCAAUUAUGGAUUUUAUAAAUUUGGAAUUGAAGUUUGUCUCAUCAUGUAUGUGAUGGUGAUUGGAUAUCGAAUGGAUAUUGUCGCUUGCAGCUAUGCUGUUUGCUUAUUCUUCCUUUACAAUCUUCAACGUGAAAUGGCGAGGAAAGUUUGGAGUUACGCAACUUUCUUCAUCAUUGCUUCGAUUCCAGUUCAAUACAUUUCGCUAAUUGGUCUACCGCCAGGACUAUGUUGGGAAUAUCCUUGGAACGACGUUAAAGUUCUUGAAGAUUUCAACAUUUUCGCAUUUCUACCUGAGAACACUUUUGUGUUUAAGGAUAAAUCGCGACUUCUGCUGCUUGAUUUCAUUCUUCUGCUUCUCAUGUGUCGUCAAUUGAUUGUUUUUCGCAUUGAAGCUCGUUACGAAACUUCCACACUCAAUUAUCCUGGUGGCAGCAACAAAUCAGUCUUGAACGACAUCGAUCAACUUGGAACUGUUCCAUUUGACAAUCCAACUCAUGAUUUCAUUGAUAAAAUCAGAAAUUAUCUCGACAUAUUGAAGCGUUGUGUGUUUGUAUUGUUCUUUUGGGCAGCAUUGGCAAUCGUCUUCCUUACAGGCACAAGUCGAGUCAACAUUCUUUCAAUCGGUUACAUCAUUGGAUCAUUUAUUUUCUUAUGGCAAGGAACGGACUUUUACUUACGUCCAAUUUAUGUCAUCAUAACGUGGUGGAAUUAUUUGAUUGCUUAUAACGUCUCAGUUGUUGUUAUAAAGUCAAUGAUUCAAUUGGUUGGAUGUUUGGUGUUGAAUUUGGAAUCAAUCAACAAUUAUUGUUGGCUUAUUCAGCUUCUCGGUGUCACUUGCAUUUGUACAACAAAGAAACAAGAUCCAACACAAGAAGGAUGCUACGUUCCAGUUGAAGACAGCGGACUCUUCUGGGAUGGCGUUUGCUUUGCUUUUCUCAUCAUUCAACGAAGAUUAUUCUCUAGUCACUACUUCUGCCAUGUUAUUAAUGAAGCCAAAGCAAGUUUAAUUCUUGCAUCACGUGGAAAUGAAUUGAUUGAAGAGUUGCGUGUUAAAGAAAUGAAUCAAGAAGCGGAAAGAGAAGCUCAAAUCUUACAAAAGAUCAAAACGAAAAUGGAUCGAAUCAAAGCAACACAACAAAGAGUUUUAGAAGAAAAUGAACCAAAACAUCAUGCGGCAGGAGAAGGUACAGCACCUUUAGCUCGAACACAUAGCAUGUCAUCAGGCAUUGGUUAUCACACACCGAUUGAAGGUGAUGAUGAUGAUGAAGAAGAUGAUGACGAAGUUCAAGAGGCGAUGUUUGUUGAAGGGGAAGGAUUAUCUGAGAUUCCAACAGAUCUUCCCGGAGCUUUCAUUUCAAGAGGCGGAUCAUUCAUCGGGACAACACAAGCACCAUCACCGAGUUCUGCUGUUAUGACAGUUUCACUUGAUGCUUAUUUAGAUCCACAAAGAAUUUCUUAUGGUUCACCAGGUGACUUCGAAAUGGUUCCACGAAUCUCAAGUCCCGACGACACUUUUCCAGUCUUUUCUCCACCACCCUUCGAUGAUCGAGAUGUCCAUAUCAUCGAUCAAAACAUGUUGGUGCCACCAAAUAUGAAUGGUGGGGGGAGUAGCAGGGGAAGUAGCGUUGUUGGUGCUCCACAACAAAGCCGACGUCAUCGACGAUUAUCAAGUUUGAAUACAGUUUCAUGGCCGAAUCCCAAUGAGUUAACUGUGAAUGGAAGACAAAGACGAAUGUCAACUGUUACAAGUGCUGACGCUCAAGAAAGUGAAGAAGUUGGUGAUCAGCGAAGAAUUAAGUCACCAAGACGAACAAGUUUCAGUACAUCAAUAGCGCAAGAUGACAUAACACUUCCAACUUCAAGACGUCGAUCGAGUUACAAUCCAUCAUGGGGAGUUGAUGAUGAUGAUGAUGACGAUGAUGAUGCUUUAACAACGACAAGAGCUGCAAGACGAAGAAAAUAUAGUUGGGGACCAGCUGGUGAACUUGGCUUCAGAGAUUCCAUCCGAUCAGCAUCUUCACGUUCUCCCGUUUCUCAUCAUGAAUCAAUCAGAUCUGGAGAUUAUUAUAUGUUUGAAGAGAUCGAGGAUGAAUUCGAACUCGAUAUAAUUAAUCACAAAGAUUCCGACGACGAAGACGAAAAGAAAUCGCAAACAAGAAGACGACUAAGUAAAAAAAUGAACUUCUCACAGCUUUUGGUGAAAAUGAAAGAAGAUACAGAAAAAGAAAGACUCGCACAAUUGGAGCAAGAAGAACUUGAGAAGCAAAAGAAAUUAGCAAGGAGAAGCUCAUCUCCAGGUCUUAGACAAGCACAUGAAACAGAAGUCGUUGAACGCUCUGCUCAUUCUGAGCCGAUUCAACAGCACACUCAGUUUGAUCCGUCGUCAUCAUCAAUUGGAUAUGAUGAAGAAACUGAAGGAUUAAUUCAAUCAGAUGGAGCUCGUCCAAGUACAAGUCGAGGGUUCCAUGCUGAUGAAGAUUCAAGCGCAGCUGAUGACAAAGCGAAGUUAAUCAAGGAAAAGAGUGAAGAAGAAAAAGAGAAGGAAGAGAAGAAAGCUGAAGCUGAAAAGAAAAGAAAACUUUUGAUGAGUAAAUUGAUGAUGAUUCCAACAUUUAUCUCAAGUGUUUUAGUGUCAUUAACAUUGAGAUUGCAUCGUGUGUCAAGAAGUUAUCGUUAUGUCAUGCGAGUGUUGGCAAAGGAAAAGAAAACUUUGAAGCAUUCACCUGGAUUUGGUGCGGGUUUUCGAAGUGGAUCGAACAUGAUAUGGACUCCAAUUCAACACGCCAAGACGUCAAGUUUAAUAAAAAUGCUCGUAACACCAUUUAGAGAAUCUUCAGCUGCUUCUGGCACGGGUUUAGCUGAAACGGCUCCACCCGUUCAAGAUAAUAAUGUUUAUAGAAGUAGUGAUAGUGUUGUUAGUGAUAGUAGCUCGAACUGUUUAGCUCAAGCUGACUCGCACAGUAAAGGUUUAGAAGAUCGAACUGAUAGAGAUUCGAUCAUUUCAACACCAGCAAAACUUAGUGAAACUGAUGGACUUCAUCCAAUGAGUGGAAUUGGAGCUGCUUUUGCAUUAAUGCAACGUGAUCGACCGCUUUUAACACUUCAAGCUGAACAGCAAGAAGAAGAACCUGUCCGUCGACAGAGUUGGAUAAAUCCUGAAAUAAGAAUUCUAGCACCAUCAAUGGAACGUGGAAUUGACGAUGAUGAUGAUCGAGGUUCUUCGUUUAAAUACGAUUCACUCGUAUCGUUCGACAGCAAGCCUAAAGACGUCGUGGUGAAGAUUGAAGACAAAGAAGAAGAAAUUGAUGAAGAUGAUUUCGCUAGUAAGGAACAUCACAUUUUAGUUGAAUUAUUCCAAGCACUUUGGUACGUCGUUUUAUCUCACACCGACUUUAUUUGUUACGCAAUGGUUUUCUUGAAUCAGAUAAACUCAGCAAGUAUUUUGUCGCUACCAUUGCCAUUGAUGGUGUUACUUUGGGGAACAUUGACAUUCCCACGUCCAUCUAAAACUUUCUGGGUUACUCUCAUUGCUUAUACACAGGCAGUUGUACUUAUUAAAUGUGCAUGUCAAUUUGAAGCAUGGUUUUGGAAUCAAGCAGCCAUCCCUGCUAAUCAGCCUUUCUCACCAGCAAGAAUUCUUGGCAUUGAAAAGAAGAAAGGUUACGCAACUUAUGAUUUGAUUCUUUUGCUUGUGGUUUUCUGUCAUCGAAUCAUUUUGAAGUCACUUGGAUUAUGGAAAUCAGAAGUGCCAACAGAAAAACCAAAUCCUGGUGAGAAAUAUAAAGUUGAUCCAGUUGAUGAAGAAGCUGUCGUAAAAAGUUCAUCGGCAGAUCUCAUUGUUGUCGCUAAUAAUGAUGAAAAGAUCAAAUUGACUCCAGUUCCCGAUGAAAAUGGAAAAACUGUGAGAGUUGUUGACGAUCGCGACACUGUCAUUGUGGAGCAGUCAGAUGAAGAACCACCAAAUUACAUCGCAUUGGUGAAGAUCUCAUUCACCAAAUACAUGUCAACAGCAAAGGAAUUUUUAAGACAACUUUUCGAUCGUGAAUCACGUCACACUGCUGACAUUUACGGAUUUCUCUUUCUUUGUGAUUUCGUGAACUUCUUUGUGAUUCUCUUCGGAUUCUCAGCAUUUGGAACACAAGAAGGCGAUGGCGGUGUGUUGAGUUACUUUGAAGAGAAUAAAGUUCCAAUCACCUUCCUUCUCAUGUUGAUCAUUCAAUUCUUCUUCAUUGUCGUUGAUCGUGCACUUUAUUUAAGGAAAAAUAUGUUUGGAAAAAUCAUUUUCCAAUUUAUUCUUAUUGUUGGUCUUCACAUUUGGAUGUUCUUUGUAUUACCAAAAACGACAGAACGACAAUUUAACGCAACACGACCACCAGUGAUGUACUACAUGAUCAAAUGCUUUUAUCUCUUAUUCUCGGCUUAUCAAAUUCGUUGCGGAUAUCCAACAAGAAUUCUUGGUAAUUUCUUGACGAAAGGUUUCAGCAUGUUGAACUUUGCUGGUUUUAAGAUCUUCAUCAAUAUUCCCUUCUUAAUGGAACUUCGAACACUCAUGGAUUGGGUGUGGACAGACACGUCAAUGACACUUUUCGAUUGGUUGAAGAUGGAAGACAUUUUCCAGAAUAUUUAUCAACUGAAAUGUUCACGACAAUUGGAAAGUGAUUUACCAGCACCACGAGGUCAGAAGAAAGGUCCAGUAGUGAAGUAUUUGAUGGGUGGGGGAAUGAUUCUUGGAAUCAUUGCGGUCAUUUGGUUCCCACUUGCAUUAUUUGCAUUCAGUAACACGGUGGGUGAACCGAACAUUCCUUACGAUGUUUCAGUGUCCCUACGACUUGGACCUUAUGAACCAGUUUAUGCGAUGAGUGCACAGGAAAGUGACAUUUCUCAGUUAAACUUUAUUGAUUGGGAAAAUUUCCAACGACGUUAUCAGAAAGAUAAAUCAGCGAUCACUUUCUUAAGCAACUACGAGCACGUUGAUGUUGCGGCUGUUAAACUUGGCUCAAAUUCUUCAACAAUUUGGAAUAUUUCACCACCUGACAAGGAACGAUUGUUGAGUGAUUUGAAGGAGAACAAAACAUUGACAAGUCGAUUCCGUUACAAGGUUCAAAGAAAGUCACAUUCGAAAGAGAAUCCGGGAACAAUUGAAGAUGAACAUUCAUACGAGUUUAUGGGAAAUGACACGAUUGGACUUCAAUUGAUUAAAAUGUUGGAAGAAACAAGUGCUGCAUUUAAUGUGAUUGUUCCAAACAUGUUGCCAAAGUUCCUGAAAGUUAAAAAUUCAGGAAUGCUAAAGCCAGCACAUCAACUGUUACGUGAAGCAGAGACGGAUGAUGAUGAAGCUAAUUACAGGAACUUAUCAUUGAAACUUUAUGAAACAAAAUUAUCAGACACAGCGCCUUCACUCUUUUGGUGGGAAACAACUGAGCUUUGUAAUGAAACUUACUACAAGAACGUUCCCGAUGGCUUUCUUUAUGCAAAUUGUCAUAAUCAUAUCACGAUGUAUUUGUUUUGUGACAAGAUCUUUCCAAGUACAAUCAGUUCGAUUGCUGCUGGUGGUAUCAUUGGUCUCUACACUACUUUGAUAUUUGUAUUCUCACGAUUUUUACGUGGAACAAUCUUCUCGGGAUCGAGUAGUAAAAUCAUGUUUGAUGAUCUUCCAUAUGUCGAUCGUGUACUUCAACUAUGCUUGGAUAUUUAUCUUGUUCGUGAAUCACACGAAUUCACGCUUGAGGAAGAUCUCUUUGCCAAAUUAAUCUUCUUGUAUCGUUCACCUGAGACGAUGAUUAAAUGGACACGUCCGAAGAAGGAGACAGGCGAUGACGACACGGACAGUUUGUCAUCAGACUCGAAAGUCAGUUUGAGAAAGAAAACUGAGUAAACAAAUUGCCUUAAAUCAAACAUACAUGAGAGUCAAUUGAUCAUGAUGAAUCAGGAAAAUUGUUUUGAAAAAAUGAAAUUUUUAAAUCACGUCGUCGCGUCUCUUGCGAAUAAUUAAGAAUCGAAUUAUUCUAGUUGCUAAGUAGUUAUGAGUGUAAGUUUGAGUAAAGUUUUCAAUUGACAGUAGCUUUGAAUUAAGAAAAAAAACUUUUUGUUGAUUUCCUUCCUAGAAUUCUUUCAUUUGCUACCAGUUAAAAUCUGAGAAAUUUUUUCAUUUAAAAAACUCUUUGAAUCUGAUUACAAUUUUACUUUUCUAUCCUUAAAUUAUUUUAUCUUCGGCUGGGUUUCAAAGCAUUUCAGAAUUGUUUAAUUUUAUGUUAGAUCCAAGCUAGUCAAUUAAAUCAUUAUCGUCAUCAACCAAGAUCAUGAUGAAUUUAAAGAUGGUAAAUCAUUUAUUUAAGUUAAUUUUUGAACUUUUCUCACAAGAUAUUAAGAGAACAAGAAAUAUAAAUAAAAAGAUAAAAAUUGCAUUUUUACUUAAAU